UUUCAGCUCCUUCGCUUUCACUCACAAUGCUGUGGAGAGGGUGAAUGGGAGAGGUGGAGGUGGUGGGGUGGGCAUUUAAGAGAGCAGUAGGUGGGAGUGGAGUCUGACCGCAGAGGGUCUAGUGUUUAAGAGAAAGGGAAUUCUCUCUUUCACUCACUCUUUCCCUCUCUCAGCCUCUCGUUCUCUCUCGCUCUCUUUCUCUCCUCACUGGCUGCUCAACAUCAGCUGGCUCUCUAGGUAGACUCGAGUAAACACUCAAAGAGAACAGAGAGAAGAGGGAAGAUGACAGAGCUGUCAGUGCUCUGAGAGAUACAGACCGGUGAGAACAUUUGUCAGGGCUGGCUGAUAAGGCUCUCCUCAAGGCUUCUUAGAUUGCUCAUCGGUGGAGAGGCUGCAAGCAUUCUCUUCAAGGAAUCUGGAAGGGAAUACCUAUUUGCUACUAAACUCAUAAGCUGCAGUGGCAGGGUGUCAUCAUGGGAAUGAGAAGUUUCUUUUUGGGCUUCUUAACUGUGGCCCUCAUCCUCCAGUUUGCCACUGCUGGCCUUGUCAGGAAUGUCAUCCGCCAUCGCAGAGAGGCUCUGAUGCCGAAGAAAACCCAGGAGAACCUCACACUCCCCCAUCCUGACCAGCCGGUAGUUUUCAACCAUGUCUACAACAUCAACGUCCCCUCCACGUCGCUCUGCUCUGUGGACCUUGACUCACCAGGAGGUACUGACCUCAAGCACAAGACCGUCCCAAUGGAGAUGCAGAACACCGAGCACAUGGAACACACGAUGGAUGGUGACAAUCAGAUCGUUUUCACCCAUCGCAUCAAUAUCCCCAAGCAGGCAUGCGGCUGUGAAAACCAGCUGCCAGACAUCAAGGCUAUCCUGAGCAGGCUAGAGAUGCUGGAGUCAGAGCUGUCUAGUCUGAGGGAGCACUGUACCAGUGGAGCAGGUUGCUGUGGAGCUCAAGUUACAGGUGAAGUGUCCUCAAAGCCCUACUGCAACGAGCGUGGAAACUGGAGUACUGACACCUGUAGUUGCGUAUGUGAGCCUGGAUGGAAGGGCCCCAACUGCACUGAACCUGAGUGCCCCAGUGACUGCCAGGACCAGGGCCGCUGUGUAGAUGGCAAAUGUGAAUGCUUUGAGGGCUUUGGCGGAGAUGACUGCAGCAUUGAGCUCUGCCUGCUGGACUGUGGCGACUACGGUCACUGUGUUGAUGGGUCCUGCCUCUGCGAAGACGGUUUUAUCGGUGAGGACUGUUCUCAGACCAACUGUCUCAACAACUGCCUGGGCCGUGGACGCUGUGUGGACGAUGAGUGCAUCUGCGACCAUCCAUGGGCGGGUUUCGACUGUUCUGAACUCAUCUGUCCAAACGACUGUUAUGAUAGAGGACGCUGCAUUAAUGGUACCUGCUACUGUGAAGAGGGCUACACUGGGGAGGACUGCGGUGAGCUCACUUGUCCGGGCAACUGUAACGACCACGGGAUCUGUGUGAAUGGCCAAUGUGUGUGUCACACUGGCUACACUGGUGAGGACUGCUCUAAGCUCACCUGCCCCAAAGACUGCAGCGAGAAAGGUCACUGCUUCAACGGGAAGUGCAUCUGUGAUCCCGGAUUUGAAGGUGAAGAUUGCUCAGUCCUCUCAUGUCCUGACAACUGCAGCAACAGGGGACAGUGCAUUAAUGGAGAAUGUGUAUGCGACCUAGGAUAUCAAGGUGAAGACUGUAGUGAACUCUCCUGCCCCAACAAUUGUCAAGACCGUGGCCACUGUGUGAAUGGGCAGUGUGUUUGUGAGAAAGGUUAUGCUGGUGAGGACUGUAGCAUCAAGACCUGUCCUAAAGACUGCAUGGGACAUGGAGAGUGUGUGGACGGUGAGUGUGUGUGUUUCACCGGCUUUACAGGGAAAGACUGUGGUGAGUUGACCUGCCCCAAUAACUGCCUGGACCGUGGUCACUGUGUGAAUGGGCAGUGCAUAUGCGAGAAAGGUUAUGCUGGUGAGGACUGCAGCAUCAAGACCUGUCCUAAAGAUUGCAUGGGCCGUGGAGAGUGUGUGGACGGCAAGUGUGUGUGUUUCACCGGCUUUACAGGGAAAGACUGUGGUGAGUUGACCUGCCCCAAUAACUGCCUGGACCGUGGUCACUGUGUGAAUGGGCAGUGCAUAUGCGAGAAAGGUUAUGCUGGUGAGGACUGCAGCAUCAAGACCUGUCCUAAAGAUUGCAUGGGCCGUGGAGAGUGUGUGGACGGCAAGUGUGUGUGUUUCACCGGCUUUACAGGGAAAGACUGUGGUGAGUUGACCUGCCCCAAUAACUGCCUGGACCGUGGUCACUGUGUGAACGGACAGUGCGUUUGUCAUAAGGGUUUCACUGGUGAGGACUGCGGUGAGAAGACAUGUCCCAAGAACUGCCUAGAUAGAGGCUACUGUGUAGAUGGCAGCUGUGUGUGCUAUGAGGGAUUCACUGGUCCAGACUGCUCCAUAUUAACCUGCCCAGAAGACUGCCACAACCAGGGGCGCUGUGAGAAUGGAGUGUGUGUCUGUGAUGAAGGAUUCAUUGGAGAGGACUGCUCAGAGGUGUCGCCACCUAAGGACCUGACAGUGGUGGAGGUCACCCCAGAGACAGUAGACGUAUCCUGGGAAAAUGAGAUGCGUGUGACAGAAUACCUAAUCACCUAUGUGCCCACGGCCUCUGGAGGCUUAGAGUUGGACAUGAGGGUACCUGGGGACCACAAGAAGGCCACUAUUAGGGAGCUUGAGCCUGGAGUGGAAUACCUGAUCAGUGUCUAUGCUGUGCUCAGCAAUAAGAGGAGUGUUCCCGUCACUGCUAGGGUGGCAACAUAUCUUCCUGAGCCUGAGGGUCUCAAGUUCAAGUCAGUGCGGGAUACUUCUGUGGAGGUGCAGUGGGAUCCAUUGGACAUUGCUUUCGAUGGCUGGAACCUCAUCUUCAGAAACACGAAAGAGGAAGACGGUGAGAUUCUGAACUCCCUGGGCCGACCGGAGACCACCUUUGAGCAAUCGGGCCUGGGUCCAGGCCAGGAGUACGAGGUCAAACUGGAGGUGGUGAAGAACAACAAACGUGGACCGCCAGCCUCCAAGAAUGUCGUCACAAUGAUCGAUGGCCCAAGCCAGGUGAAUGUUCGUGAUGUGACUGACACCACUGCGCUGGUGACCUGGUUCCAGCCCGUGGCUGAGGUGGAUGGGGUCACCAUCUCCUACGGACCUAGCUUGAACUCCGCCGAUCGCACUUUGGUGGAGCUGACCUCUGCUGACACCCAGUACCAUCUGGGAAACCUCACCCCUGACACAGAGUACGAGGUGUCUCUGACAGCGCGGCGGGGAGAAGGGACCAGCAUUCCCAUCUACGAGUCCUUCCUUACAGACCUGGACGCCCCCAGAGACCUGCAGACAGUAGAGCUGACAGACGAGAGCAUCACUCUUGAGUGGAAGAACAGCCGUGCUCAGGUCGACAACUACCGCAUCAAGUAUGGACCUCUGUCUGGUGGAGAGCACGAAGAGCUGCUGUUUCCCCCAGGACCUAAGGACUCCACUCAGGCCAAGAUCACUGGCCUGAGACCCGGCACGGAGUAUGGGAUGGGUGUGACGGCAGUGAAAGAUGAGAGGGAGAGUCUGCCCACGACGGCCAAUGCUGUGACCGCCCUCGAUGCUCCCAAAGACCUGACUGUAACAGAGAUGACAGAGACUACUAUGAUGCUGGAGUGGAGGCGUCCCUUUGCCAAACUGGACUCCUACAGGCUGGUUUACAUUUCCGCUGAUGGUCACAGGGCUGAAGAAGUGAUCCCGGGCAGCUCUGAAACUCACACCCUGAGGGGCCUGACACCCGGUAUGCUGUAUACCAUCAACAUCAGUGCAGAGAGGGGCCGCAGAAGCAGCGUACCUGCCACCAUCUCAGCACCCACAGAGGAGGAGAAGCCCGUGGUGACCAACGUUACAAUCAGCGAUGUAACGUGGGACAGCUUCCUCUUGUCCUGGUUUGCCGACGAUGGGGCUUUUGAGUCUUUUCUGAUCACGGUAACUGAUGCAGAGACGGACGCUGAGUGGCAAAAUCACACUGUGCCCGCUGAUGCUCGCAGCCUCGCCAUCACCGGCCUCUACCCCACCACCUGGUACAGAGCUAUUGUAUACGGGGUGUACAGGGGAGCCCCAUUAGACCCUGUCAUUGCAGAAACCAUCACAGAGUACGAACCGGAGGUGCAGUCUCUCCUAGUCUCCGACGUCACCACAGACAGCUUUCAGCUGUCCUGGAUGGCCGAAGAGGACUCCUUUGACACCUUUGUCAUAAUGGUCAGCCAGGCCAAAGGCUUAGACCAACCAAGAGAGCUGGUGCUAGGUGGUGAGGAGAGAAGUGCGGUGAUGACAGAUCUCAAUGAGGAUACCGAGUACAAAGCUGAAAUCUUUGGCCUCAUUUUGGGAAGACGCUCCAAGUCUCUCUUGGAGGUGUUAAAAACAGACCUGGGUUCACCCAAGGGCAUUCGCUUCUCCGAUGUCACUGACACGUCUGCAACUGUUCACUGGGUGACCCCAAGAGCUCGAGUGGACAGCUACCGGGUCACUUACGUACCUGUCUAUGGAGGUAACGCCAAGACACUGUCAGUGGAUGGUUCUUCAUCUCAGAUUGUGCUGCCUAACCUGACACCCGGAGUCACUUACAAGGUCACUGUGAUUGCUAUCAAGGGGCAGAGGGAGAGUGAACCUGGAUCUGACAGCGUCACCACAGCUCUGGAUAAACCACGUGGUCUGAACGCAGUCAACAUCACGGACAGUGAGGCUCUGCUGCUCUGGCAGCCCGCCAUCGCUACAGUGGACGGCUAUGUCAUCACCUAUAGUGCAGAUUUAGUGGCUCCAGUCAUGGAACGUGUGUCAGGAAACGUGGUGGAGUUUGAGAUGAACUCUCUGGCACCAGCCACACACUACACUGUGAAGGUCUAUGCUGUGCGGGACUUGGCCAAGAGUGCAGCCACUACAACAGAGUUUAUCACAGAUGUGGAUGCCCCCCAGGACUUGGCAGCCAGUAACAUCCAGACAGAGAACGCCAUGCUGACGUGGAAGCCUCCUCGUGCUGACAUCACCGGCUACAUGCUCAGCUUUGAAUCUGCAGACCGCACCAUCCGGGAGGUGGUGCUGAGUCCGACUGCGGUGUCAUACAACAUGGCUCAGCUCAAAGCAUCCACCGAAUAUACAGUCAGCCUGCAGGCCCUCGCUGGGCCAAAGAGAAGCAGAGUGAUCACUACUAUCUUCACCACCACUGGCGUGUUGUACCGACACCCCAGGGAUUGCUCCCAGGCCCUACUGAAUGGAGACACCUCAUCAGGCAUGCACACCAUCUACCUGGGUGGAGAUGAGAACCAACCCCUGCAAGUCUACUGUGACAUGAGCACUGAUGGAGGCGGAUGGAUCGUUUUCCUCCGACGUCAAAGUGGCAAACUAGAGUUCUUCCGCAACUGGAAGAAUUACACAGGCGGCUUUGGAGACAUGAAUGAUGAAUUUUGGCUGGGUCUGUCCAACCUGCAUAAGAUCACAGCCAGCGGUCAGUACGAACUGCGAGUAGACCUGAGAGAUAAGGGAGAUACAGCCUAUGCUCAGUAUGACAAGUUCUCAGUCGGUGAACCCCGGACCCGCUACAAAGUCCACGUAGGAGGAUACAGCGGUACAGCAGGCGACUCCAUGACCUACCACCACGGCCGGCCGUUCUCCACCUAUGACCAUGACAACGACAUUGCCGUCACCAACUGCGCUCUGUCCUAUAAGGGAGCCUUCUGGUAUAAAAACUGCCACCGGGUUAAUCUGAUGGGACGAUAUGGAGACAACAGUCACAGCAAGGGCGUGAACUGGUUCCACUGGAAAGGCCAUGAGCACUCAAUUGAGUUUGCUGAGAUGAAGAUCCGGCCAUCCAACUUCAGAAACCUGGAGGGAAGGAGGAAACGAUCAUAAAUGAUAUGAAAAGCUCCGCCGCCACCAAUACCACCUUCACCACCACCAACAACAAAACAACAACUACUACUCUGGACUCCGCAUGAACCACCUGGACUCCCAAACCCUCCCACCCUGCAGCAACCAAAGCCACUGCCAAGAGCCCUGCUGUUCUCACAUGAAACAAAUGCUCCUCGAUGUUUUCUGUUCCCUCACAAAUCUGCCUAAAUCUGCCAUAUGACCCAUCCCAGCCUUUCCCCCCUCUGAUACGGCUACGCAAAAAUGCUGCCAGUGCAGAAACUGACGUUACAAACUGGACUUGCAUCAAACCCCACGAGGUUCACCAAAGAGAGUCUCUCCCUCUCACUCAAUUCUGACCCCGAUCUCUUGUGUUGCAGCAUUUGUGGGAAAGCGUGAGCGCAGCUUGGACAUUAUGUUGUGAAUAGUCAUUAAUACAAUUUCCUAUUUCAUAUCCAUGCCAUGUCUGGCAUUUGACAAAAAAUUCUGACUGUUUAGUACGAUGCAAUCUUGUUUAGGAUCAGGGCCUCUUUGCGAAAAGUGUUAAUGCAGCAGGAUUAUCAGAGAAAGUCUACUCCUUGUACAGCUCUGUACAUGUCUCCAUCUGAUAUGAACGUCUGAAAACGGAUUCUUCAGAUGUCACAUAUCUCCAUCUAACUUGUCAUUUGUUUGUCCAUGUGCAACUAAACACAUCUCAGUGUCACUUUAUAAUCCCCAGCCUCCCUUCACUCCCAUCCCCCCAAUAAAAAAAUGUAAAAAAGGAAAAGAAAAACCUACGGAAACACAUUUUACUCUCUACAUCCCAUGUCGUUGUGGACGGCGGUGUUUCCGUUGAGUCUUUGAAGGCAUCAUGCUGUGGCCACAGUAUUGUGUUAGCAAAAAAAGAACAGAGAAGAAAAGAAAACGUGUUUUGUUUCUCUGAUGAAUCUGAGGCAGGACCUGUUAUUCAGUAUAAAAUGACUUUGGUGAUAACAUUUUGUUUGUUCUUUGUUUUUGAAAAAUGUGAAUACGGUACAUAUAUGUGGAACAUGAGAAUGUUUAUGUGAUGCUCGAAACUUUAAAAAAGGCCAAUUUUCAAUUGAAUUCCAGUUGUCAUAGUAAGGUCUCUAUGAUUGUGUUAAUGAAAAUAGUGUUUGGACAGGCCAAAACUAGAGAACUAGUUACUGUUUUUACCCCUUUCACCUCCCCCAAACCCCACCCCCCACCCUUUCCUGCUAUUGCAGGAUACUAAACCACUGACCUUCUAAAGAAUGCCUGUGUAAAUUAAGGUUGUUUUGAUUGUUUUGUUUGUUUAAAACUGGGUGAACAGCAGGUGUUUCUCUGUAAACUGUAUUACAAUAAAACAGUUUGUUUAAAA